CAUUCGAUCGAUCCAAAACUGGAAGAUAGCUAAUUAAUUAGCUAGCUAAAGCUUCUCGCGAAAGAAAAUUAACUAUAGCUAGCUUUGGAGAGACGACGACGACGAAGAAGACGUAACCUCGGUACCGUGCCGCGAGCCGAAAGGCACCGGCGCCCCGGACACGUCGCCGCGCGAAAUCUAUCCUUUCCCCAAUUCUUGAUGAUAAAUUUAUCUGUGAUCCUCAAGAAAAGCUUGGAAUCAUCUUAAACCUGACCGAAAUUUAUAUGUGAUCCUCAAGAAAAAGCUUGGAAUAAUCUUAAACCUGACCUCGCACCACAAGCCAGGGUGCGUCGUGAUCGCAAAUAUUUAUGCGUGCCCUGCCUCGAUCGAUCGAUCACCGGCAGCAGCUGAGCAGCAUCGAGCAUCGCUUGUUCAUCUCAUCUCAAGAUCUGUCUCAGAUUAAUUACCCAGAGCUAGCUGCAUCUCACCGGGUAGGAGAUUUCGAUUGGAAUUGCAAGGAAAGGUAGCUAGCUAGCACUUGCUAAGCUAGGCGCCAUGGCGGAGCAGCAGCAGCAGCAGCGCGACGGCGACUUCGAGCCGGUCUACGAGUGGCUCGACGCCGGCGCCCACUAUCUCCUCCGCGUCAACGUCCCAGAGUUCAAGAAGGAGGAGUUACAGGUGCACGUGGACCCCGCCGGCCGGCUGACCGUCCGCGGCCAGCACGGCGGCCUCCGGCUGAACAAGGUGUUCCAGCUGCCGCCGACGUGCAACCUCGACGCGAUCACCGGCAGGCUGGAGGCCAGCGUGCUCGUCCUCACCGUGCCCAAGAAGCCGGCGACAACCGCCGCCGCCGCCGCCCUGCCGCCCAAGGCCAAUCAGGAGGAGGAGAAGGAGACCAAGAAGGCUGACGAACACGACGUCGCCGGCAAGCCGCCGCCGCCGCCGCCGAAGACUGACAGUGAUCAGUCCGAGCGGAGGACCCAGCUGUCGGCUAGAGAGAAGAAAGAGGAGCCGCCCAAGGCUACAGCCCCCGCGGCGGCGCCGCCGCAGCCGGCGGCGCGAGAGCGUCAUGAUGAGGAGGAGAAGGCCAGGGCCGAACACAAGGCGAGGCUGUCCCGGGAGGCGGACAGGAGGAUCGAGGCGGCGAGGGCGAGGCUGGCGGCGCAGCAGGCCGCCUCGAGGCCCGCGCCGGCGCCGGCGCCGGAGCCGGAGAAGACGGCCGCGUGGUGGAAGGAGCGCGCGGCGGAGGAAGGGAUGAAGCUGGCGGAGGCCAUCGGGAAGAACAAGGAGGUGGUCGCCACGGCCGUCGCCGCGUUCGCACUCGGCGUCUUCGUCUCCACCAAACUAUUCUCCCGGAACAACUAAUUAAUUAAUCAAUUCACCCAGUAUCAUUCUCACGUGUGUAUCGAUCGAAAUGCAUGUAUACUUGUACUACAUAAUAUGCAUGAGUUAAAAUUUCCACUUAUCUUUCUUUUGUACUAUUGAGCUUACAAACAAGCAUCGAUACAAAUGUCCGAAACACUUUAGGGGAUAAUAUAAAUGGUAUUACAAAUUUUAGAGGAUUA